CGGAGCCGGGCGGGCGCCGGAGCUGCGAGAGGAGGCUGGCCGGGGCAGGGGCAGCGGCGAGCCGGGCGAGCGCACCGGCGGCGCCUGUUUCCCGGGAAGGCUCGACUCAGCCGCGGUGCCGCGAUCGGGGCUUCCCGAGCCCGGGCUGGAAGCCGAAGGAAGCUGCCGAGAUUGCGCGCUUGGAGAGUCCCGGGGAGGAGGGGAUCGGGGUGGAUCGAGCCCCUCCGGCAGAUGCUCCGGGGGGAACCGGCGGCUCCCUGGCCGGACUGUAGCCGAGCCCCCCGCCGGAGGGUCCCCGGCCGCCCCCUGGCCGCGAUGCUGCCCUGGCGCCGGAGCAAAUUCGUGCUGGUGGAAGCGGAGCGCAAAGCCAAAGGCAAGAGCCUGGGGCCCGGGCUGAGCUACGCCUCCCUGCUGUCCGGCCUGGUGCGCUCCUGCCCGGACCUCUUGCCCCAGUGCCCCCUGGGGCGCCUGGGCAGCGUGUUCUGCAGCCGGCGCCAGAAGGUGGAGCUGAACCGCGAGGACCCCACCUACACCGUCUGGUACCUGGGCAACGCUGUCACCCUGCAAGCGAAAGGCGAGGGCUGCACCGAGGAGGCGGUGGCGAAAAUCUGGGCCAAGAGCGACUACGGGGGUGGCGGCACCAAGAUGAAGCUCACCCUCGGGCCCCAUGGCAUCCGCAUGAGCCCCUGCGAGAAGGGGCCCCGCCGGCCCGGCCACGCCUAUCUGCUCCACCGCAUCACCUACUGUGGGGCCGACCGGGGCCACCCCAAGGUCUUCGCUUGGGUCUACCGGCACCAGGUGAAGAACAAGGCGGUGGUCUUGCGGUGCCAUGCCGUCCUGGUCUCCAAGGCGGAGAAGGCCCACGCCAUGGCGCGGCUCCUCUACCAGACCUCCCGCUCGGCCUUCAACGAGUUCAAGCGCCUCAAGAGGCAGAACGACGCCCGCCGUCUCCAGCAGCAGCUCCUGGGGGAGGCUAUCGUCCCCUGGGUCCCCCUCCGCAAAAUCCUGAACUGCAAAUGCCCCUACCGGCCUCCUCCGGAGAGGAACCGCAGCACCCCCAGGCUGAGUGCCAUCCGAGAGGAGGAAGAGGAAGAAGAGGGCAGCGAAAAGGAGGACAAGGGGUCUGGCACUCUUAGUGACCGGCUCCAUACCUAUGUUGACCAAGUCACGACCGACUUCAUCGUCGGCACCUGCUGUGAGCUUGACGCAGGGCCUGUCCGCGUCUCUGGUGGUGGCCCCAACGGCACUGCUCCAUGUGGCAAAACUGCCACCAAGAUGGGCAAAGGCCGGGAGAGGUUGGAGGUUCUGACCUUGGCCCAUGAGCUGAGGGUCUGCACUCUCAGAAGCCCCCUGCCCCAGCCGGACAUGUCUGGGCACCCAAAGCCAUCUUACCCUUCUACUUAGGAACCCUGGAGCCAUGACAGUUUAUUCCCCCCUCCCCGGAUUUUCUGGCGCUGGAUUUGGAGAAGUGGGUGUAUGGAACAUCACGUUCCCUCUGCUUGCUUGCUUCCUUCGUGUUCCCUUGGCUGCCGUCUGUACGUCUCGGGUUGACGAACUGCCUUCAAUGCCUUGUUGAUGGAUGCGUGCCAUUGGUGUGUGCCGAUUCUACCUGGCCAGUCUUUUAUGACCCGAUUCUCGUUGCGUCCAGAACACAAGUCUGUUUUUCUCCCGGCGACAAUGAAAUGGUCAUCCUAACCGGCCUCCGAGAAUUCGAGACUCGAUGCUCAGACGAAAUGCUGAGCUGGGCCGGCGGAUGAGGACUGUCAACGCAGCAGUGGGUGGCCGGCAGCCGUUCGCUUUUGGCUGGAGAGAUGGGGGGGGGGGUUUACGGGUUUUCACAGUGUUACUGUGAUGUGCUGCACCUUUAGCGUAGCCUGAGUGGGACAGAAGGAGAAACUAGCACAUGGAUUUGAUCUCUGCAUCUUUGCAGAGAGGGCUAAAAACUGCAUUAAUGUGUACAUCUGUUCCUUAUUUGUUCAAAAAUGGGAAAAAAGUGUCUUAAAAGAAGUUCUCCCUGUGUGCGUGUAUGUAAAGAACAUUUGCCCUUUGAAUUUGAA